GCGCUGUGCGUGGCGCGCGCAGCCAUGUCGGGCGCAGCCAUGUCGGGCGCGGGCUCGCUCGGCUCCGUCGUGCGGCGCUUCCUGCUCGAGUACGGCAGCGGCACGCCGAGCCGCCUCAAGGUGCUGGACGCCUACCUGCUCUACGUGCUGCUCACCGGCGCGCUCCAGUUCGGCUACUGCCUCGGCGUCGGCACCUUCCCCUUCAACUCCUUCCUCAGCGGCUUCAUCUCCGCCGUCGGCAGCUUCAUCCUCGGCGUGUGUCUGCGGAUCCAGAUCAACCCCCAGAACAAAGGCGAAUUCCAGGGCAUUUCACCAGAACGGGCAUUUGCUGAUUUCCUCUUUGCCAACACCAUCCUGCAUCUUGUCGUUAUCAAUUUUGUUGGCUGAGCUCUAGAAGGUCUUAAAUUCCUCUAGUGCUCUGAUGCCAAAGCCUCACCUGGAAAAUGCUCUUCCCCAGUAGACUCUUGCCUACUUCCUUGGUGGGAGAAGGGGAAGCAGGAGUAAAGAUAUUUUYCACUGACCUUCCUAUGGAGGAAGAGUCUUCUGCCUCAUUCCAGUUGCUGUAAUCGUUUCGUUUAA